AUGGAGAGAAAGGUGGCUAAGGCGGAGGUAGUCGCAGGGAAGAAGGAAGCGCGGUCUGCGGGAUCUGCGACUGCCAAGAAGAAGAAGACAGCGGCGGCGGUACCCGCACUCAAGAGGCGCGCAUCCGAUGGAGCCGCCGCGCGCAGGUCGAAGAAACAAGCACAGGAUGGUGGCCGCGACGGCGAUAUCAUCGGCCAUGGCGAUCUCAUCAGCAACCUUCCCGACGCCAUCCUCGGCACCAUCAUCUCGCUCCUCCCCACAAAGGACGGCGCCCGCACGCAGGCCCUUGCCCGCCGGUGGCGACCCCUCUGGCGCUCUGCGCCUCUCAACCUCGACGCUGCAGACAUCUGCUACAAUGAUUUCAAACAAUUCUCCAUCGUCUCCAGGAUCCUCUCUGACCACCCUGGCCCUGCCCGCCGCUUUGCCUUCAAGGGAAUCCGCCUCCACAAAGUGAAAAAAACGUACGCUGAGGACGCCGCUCAGAUCGAGAGCUGGUUCCACUCCCGAGCCCUCGACGGCCUCCAGGAGCUCGACAUCGCCUUCUCGGUCUUGGAAUAUAGGUAUGGCAAGUCUGAGAAGCGCUACCCACUGCCACUGUCAGUGCUCCGCUUAGCGUCAACCCUCAUCGUGGCCAGCAUUGGCUCCAGUGAUUUCCCAAAGGAGAUCACACAUUCGCUGAACUUUCCCCUGCUCAAGCAGCUCAACCUAUGGCGUGUUUCCAUCUCCGAGGAUGUUUUCUCUAAGAUGCUCUCUGGUUGCCAUGUCUUGGAGACUUUAAUUCUGUCGGAAAUUCGUGAUGUUGGUGGCCUUUGCAUCAGCUCAACAACUCUAAGGAUCAUCGUCGUCAGCUAUUUGUUUGAUGGCAAAGGAGAAUUGGUCAUUAAGGAGGCCCCUUGCCUUGAAAGGUUGCUAUUAAAUUCUUCAGGCUUAGGCACUGAGUUUAUCCGGGUAGUUAGGGCACCUAAAAUAGAGAUAUUGGGCCAUUUGUCACCCUGCAUCCCUGAAAUUGAGAUUGCUAACAUUGUCUUCCAGGUAGCACCAUCAGCCUCUAGACUCUUGCUUGGCAUUCUUUCUUGCUGA